AUGAUAUCGAAGUCACUGAACUUGAAUUCAAUGAGAUCAGAUAAGAACUUCUUUCCUUUAAUCUCUAAUGACACAUCCUUAAAGGUUUUGUUUUCUGAUGGAUUUUCUGAUUUGGAGCUAAGAGUGUUGCUUAAAGAUACAGGGGUGCAAAGUUCUAAAGAAAUACAGGUGGACGUUGAUGAAAGUUCAUUAGCUGUAAGAAUUAAGCAACUUGGAUCCAUCACAACACUGAUGGAAACUAAACAGCUCUAUGAUAGGAUUAAACCCGGGGAAACUAUAUGGUAUCUUGAUGAGGACCAAUUGGUUAUCAACUUGAGGAAACAAGACCAGGAGCUCAAGUGGCCUGAUAUCAUGGAAUCCUGGGAAUCCCUUAGUACUGGUGUCUUUCAACUUCUCAAAGGGACAUCAAUCUAUAUAGUUGGUGAUUCCACAGAGAUCAAUCAGAAGGUUGCUGAAGAGCUUGGAGUUGGUCUUCGGAUAAAUUUAUUGGAAACGAACUGA